AUGAAGAAUAAGAGAAGACUGAACGAAUUAAACGUUAGACUUAAAUUUGGGUUCUUUUUCAAUGGGUAUACAGCCUCGUGCUACUAUUGGGAAUUCAUUAUUUUGUAUAGAAAAAUAUUGAUUAUAUGCUGCUCGGUGUUUCUGGCUAAUAUUUCAGUCAGCGUUCAAGCACUUACGGUAGCGAUCGUACUUGCGACUAGCCUUCAUCUGCAGUACAGGUACCGACCUUAUAACGGAAGACCUUUGAACAAAAUGGAGCUUCGGUCUGUCCUUGUAUCCUCUAUCACCAUUUAUUGUGGACUUUACUACCUAACUAAUGACCUUGACGACUGGAGCAGCCUAAUUUUCUUUUUACUCAUUGUCAUAAUGAACCUAUAUUUCUUAUACUUCUGGCUCACAAAGAUUUUUCACGCAGGGCUUCUCAUGGUCGGUGAAAAGAUCCCCUUCAUACGAAAAUUAAUGGGCCACAAGCCUGAUGGUUUUGAUGAUGAAAUUUUCUACAACCCAAAGAAAGGUCACGUGUUUUCAAAUGACGGGGAAAAGAUGUUUUCAAUGUUACAUAACAUGAAAGAGACAAAAGAGCGCCCAAGCCUUUUGACCCGAAAUACACCAUGGCUGAUAUGUUUAUAA